GUGUUGAUUUAUAUAGUAAAGUGAUGGAAACGACGUCAGCAUAUCAAGUAAUACGUACAUUACCGAUACAUUGUCCAGGAGAUGGGUCUUGCCACUGUGAUUGGAGAUUGACAUUAGAAAACUGUUCUGAAGCGGGUGUCAUGUAUUAUGUGAAUAUCAUCCACGCAGUUCUUUCAGCACUUGCCUUCAUCAUAGGUGCUGCCAUCAGUUUUCAUCGUAUAAAAGUCAAAGGCAAUCUAUUGUUUGAUUUUGGUUCACAAAAAGGUUGUUUAAGACCUCGACCUGUGGAUUGUUUAUUAUUUUUUCUCAAUAUAUUCAAUAUGCUCCGACUGCUCAGUAGUUUAAUACUUAUCUUAAAUGUUGCACCAACCAAUCUGAUAUUUCGAUCUUGGGUAUUUGAAAUUCCUUGGCAGUUUGGUUAUGGAGGAUUUGCUUUAUAUCUAGUGGGGAUAGCACAAACAUUAGCUGAUAGUCAUAAGAAAUUAUCAGAUGGAUGGUUGCCAGGACCUAAAGUGGUUGAUUUUCUUGGUUGUUGGUUUUUCUUUUGGCCAUUUGUCAUUAAUAACAUCUUCUCCAUUUUGGCCGGUAUAUAUGCUACUCGAGAUGUAUAUGUGGCCGAGAUUUGUACUCGAUUAUUGUACGUGAUGUGGUUCUUACACAACGUCACCUUGACAUCAGCUGUGGCCUAUGCUGGUUAUCGUUUGAUCAAGCUUUUAAAUCAUCAUUUACGAAAAUUCAAACCAACUGGUGACCGUUAUGCUGCUGUCCGUGUAGGCAUUUUUCGUAUUAAAUUGAUCAUUGUUAUUUGCUCCGUAUGUCUAUUAGGAUUUGCAAGCUUUUUACUUUUAUAUGGUAUUCUUCGUGAUCUCAUUAUGGUGAAUACUCCUGGAAGUAUCUUUCUUGGUAUUGUGUGGGCUUUUCUUGGAGUGAUCACCACUCUUUUUGUUGAACUUGUCAUUUUGAUCAAUCCCAAGAUGGAAAAGAAUGCUGCUUUGGAUAUGAAAUCAUCAUCUACCGGAAAAGAUGAGCCAUCCACUCAUCAUCACAGCAGUAAUCAUCUCAGUCAUACAAAUAAUGGCAGCUCACGGUAUGCAACACAAUCUCAAGGAGGCUAUAGUAUUGAUCAUGGUACACAGGUGUCAUUUGGAGAAAAAGAAAAAGGUGAUAUGAUGAUGAUGAAUGAUAUCCAUGAACAACAAGCACAGUAUCAACAAGUGUUUCGUUUACAUGCAGCCACUGGCCCAGCUGUCAAGCUUUAUAAUACCGACGACUUGGAUGAUGAAGAGUAUGAUGCUCCUCCUCGUCAUAAACUCAAUGAUUCCGUCAUCACCGGUGCUACAACCGUCACUGGUGAUGGAUCGAGUAGUAUGCAUGACCUUACUCCCUUGGAAGCUAUUCAUUAUGGUGGAGACUCUGAUCAAAGGCAGUUGAUCGAUCCUUUUGUCAAGCCCAUGCAUCGUCAAUGGCCAGCUCAAUGA